UGAGACUGGCUUUGAACUUGCCAUCCUCCUGCCUCAGCCUCCCAGGCCGCUGAGAUUAUAGRCGUGCGCCAACGCGCCCGACUCAUUUUUAAUUUUCGUAUAUUGUGCAAGAUAAGAAUGGAGGCUUACUUAUUUGCCAUGGGUUUACAACUGCUCCAAAACCGUUUGUUGAAGACUAUUCUUUAUCCACGUAAAUGCAGGUUGGACUGGCCACAGAUGCGAGGCUCUGGACUGGGCCAAUACCACAACCCACCGACAGAGGGCGUCCUUGGCCCGGCGUCGCCUCACUUUGGGGUUUGCCUUCCUCUUCGUSCACCCUACCAGACUCAGCUCAGUUCAUCUCCCCAGCGCUUCUUCGUCGCCUCUCUGCCCCGUGGUGGUCGCCAGGGAGGGACCCCUGCGGCGCCCCGGGAAGACACUGCCGCGACAUUCUGCGUCCUGGCAGGGACUUGUAGCCUCCUUGCUGUCGAUCCCCGAGGAAUCCGCCAAGGUUGUCACGACAACUGCCAGACGAUUUCCGGCCGGUCGUAAAAACCAAGGAGGCUGCGCGUGCGCGGGGGUCCAGGAUCGUCUACCUCGAAACCUCCACCCCUCCKUGCUGCAGACGCUUUUCGAUGGCCUCGGGCGCGGGCCCUGUGUGUAUGUCAGAGAGGAAGUAUGCUGUAGGCAGGACCCAGAAGGGGCACCCCSCGUCAUGAGAGUACGCUCUGUACAGAAGUGAGGAAAUCGAGGCGUGUGGGAAGCGCCUAGAACUCUGUGGAACACAGAGUAGGCAUUCAGAACACAUCAGCGGAUGCCAAGUGUUCGUAAAGCGUGUAAAAGGACUCAACUCGCCAAGCCCGCGGCCCUAGGCGUCUCCCGUGGCGUCCCCUGCAGACUGCCCUCUUAGUGCGCAUGCGUGCGUCACGACCUGUUUGGCCCAGUCCGCACGCCGUCUAGUGACGGUGUGUUGCCAUAGAGACCCGCGAGUGCUGAGGGGAGGGCGACGGCAACCGCGGCUCCCGUGAACCAGAGCGCCAUGUCUUUCCGCGACCUCCGCAAUUUUCAAAAAAGAGUCACAAAGUGACUUCUUUUCCCUGUGCUCAAACCUUGUCUUCCACUAUCUGGUAGAAGCCGACCUGAYUCUCAAUAUCCAGGUAGAUUUCACAGAGAUGAUGAGAGCCCUGGGAUACCCACGACACAUUUCUAUGGAAAAUUUCCGCACACCCAACUUUGGGCUUGUGUCUGAAGUGCUGCUCUGGCUUGUGAAAAGGUAUGAGCCCCAGACUGACAUCCCUUCUGAUGUUGAGACUGAACAAGACCGAGUUUUCUUCAUUAAGGCCAUUGCCCAGUUCAUGGCCACGAAGGCACAUAUAAAACUCAAUACUAAGAAGCUUUACCAGGCUGAUGGAUAUGCAGUGAAAGAACUGCUGAAGGUCACAUCUGUCCUUUAUAAUGCUAUGAAGACCAAAGGGAUGGAGAGUUCAAAAAUAGGAGAGGAAGAUGUCAGCAAAUUCAAGUUUGAUCUCGGCUCCAAGAUUGCAGAUUUGAAAGCAGCUAGGCAGCUUGCUUCUGAAAUCACCUCCAAAGGAGCAUCACUAUAUGACUUGCUGGGCAAGGAGGUUGAAUUGAGGGAACUGAGAACAGAAGCCAUUGCCAGACCUCUGGAAAUAAAUGAAACUGAAAAAGUAAUGAGAAUUGCAAUAAAAGAGAUUUUGGCGCAGGUUCAGAAGACUAAAGACCUACUCAAUAAUGUGGCCUCCGAUGAGGCUAAUUUGGAAGCCAAAAUUGAAAAGAGAAAAUUAGAACUGGAAAGAAAUCGGAAGCGACUGCAGACUCUACAGAGCGUCAGACCAGCCUUUAUGGAUGAGUAUGAGAAGAUUGAGGAAGAAUUGCARAAGCACUAUGAUGUUUACCUAGAAAAAUUUCGAAAUUUGGCUUACCUGGAACAGCAGCUUGAGGAUCAUCACAGGAUGGAGCAGGAGAGGUUUGAAGAAGCUGAAAAUACUCUCCGCCUGAUGCAGAACAAGCUAAAGGAGGAGGAAAAGCGGCUGCUCAAGAGUGGAAGUAAUGAUGACUCAGACAUAGACAUCCAGGAGGACGAUGAAUCCGACAGUGAGUUGGAGGAGCGGCGGCUGUCCAAGCCACGGACGGCCAUGGAGGUGCUCAUGCAAGGAAGACCAGGCAAACGCGUCGUGGGCACAAUGCAAGGUGGAGACUCUGAUGACGAUAUGGAAGCAGCACCAGCUCUCUUAGGUAAAUGCAAGACUCCCAGCUCCAGGAAGCAGGAAGACUCGGAGGACAGUGAAAUUGACAUGGAAGAUGAUGAAGAAGAUGACGAUGAUUUGGAAGACGAGAGCAUUGCUCUCUCACCAGCAAAGCCCAAUCGAAGGGUUCGGAAACCUGAGCCCCUGGAUGAGAGUGACAAUGACUUCUGACCCUCUUGCCAAGGGACCCAGGCAGAUUAAAAGCCUCAGAUUUGUAGGUAAAUGGGAAAUUAGAUGGCAAGGAAGUUAACCUGUAUUUUGUUCAUUACACCAGCUUGGCUCAUUGUUAAGAAGCAUUACUUCUUUCUGCUUUAUCAUCUUGUAUUUGCAUUCCACAAAGUCUAAUCAACAACUGAAGCAAACCCCAAAGAUGUUUUUCUUUUGCCUUCUUUAUUUCCUAAACCUUGGGAAAUGCAUGUGUUCUUAGUAGUUCAAACCCACAGGACAAAACCAGGCUGAUAGUGUGUAAGUCUUGGCUGCUGCUAUUAUUACACAUUCCUCUCAGAACCCAGCAGAUCUUGGGUUGGAACUUGGCACAAUACUUGUUUUAGGAGUUACAGGGGARCAUCUGGCUUGUUAAUCACUUGCAUAGUUUAGAACAUUUACUAUAUAUCAGCUUUUAAUUCUUGCCUUUAUUUAUUUUUUUCUUCUCAUAAUUUCUUACUCUAUCACUGAGCUACAUCUCCAGCCUUUUUAAUUUUUUUAUUUUUGAGCAAGUUCUUGCUAAGCUACUAAGGAUGCCCUUGGACUUGCAAGCCUCCUGCCUCAGCCUCCUGAGUCAGUGGAAUUAUAAGCAUGUGCCGCCACACCCAGCCUAGAUGUAUUUUAAUAACUAAAAUUCUCUGAAAUAGUAGCUAAGUUAGAUGAAAACCACGUAUCCUUGGAAGUCAGGCAACAGAGAGAUAUUCUAGAUUAUGAAUGUGUUAAGUUUCUCUCUGACAGCUGACAUUCCCCUGGGAGUCAGAUCCACCUCAGAUCAAAGUCCCCUCUGUUUCCCCAGUUAAAUUUGGGAACCACAGACCUGGGCUACCCCUUCAGAGAUUCCAAACUCCUGCCACAGUGGCGGUCGGGACUCCACUCUCCUUCCUUGGUCUUGUCUAAAGUUGGGCAAGACAUUUAUCCAUAAUAUAGGGACAAAGACAGUUUCUCUGAAUCUCCCAACCCACAUGUCUCUUUAGGAGAAGGAGUCAACUAAGGAAACAUUGCCAAUAUACAUUCAUGUUUCUCAUUUAAAAAAAAAUAACCCAGAAUCAAUGGGCAUGGUGGCACACACCUGUAAUCCCAGUG